AUGUCUGAAGAGAAAGAUAAUCUGUUUAAGCCAGUUGGUGAGGCUGCUGAAGAGGUUGCCGAGGGUCAAACUUUGGAUAAUGGGGUCACAUUAACAGGUGCCGAAGAUGCGAUGGGCCACCCAGUACAAGAAAUUGAAUCGCUAUGUAUGAAUUGUCACAAGAAUGGUACCACCAGAAUGUUACUGACAUCGAUUCCUUACUUUAGAGAAGUUGUUAUCAUGUCCUUUGAAUGUCCACACUGUGGUUUCAAGAACUCUGAAAUCCAACCUGCCUCCUCGAUUCAAGAAAAGGGUUCUAAGUACACUUUAAAGGUCGAAUCUAAGGAAGAUUUCAACAGACAAGUGAUUAAGAGUGAAACUAGUUCAUGUAAAUUUGUCGAACUAGAUAUUGAGAUUCCUUCAAAACGUGGUGUGUUGACCACCGUCGAGGGUCUCCUAGAGGAAAUGAUCGAGGACUUACAAUCAGACCAAGAGAUGCGUAAGAAGAUCGAUGAAGCAAUGUAUGACAAGAUUGAUGCUUUUAUUAAGAAAGUUAAAGCUACUAUUGAUUGUACCCCUGAAGGUGUCUUGCCUUUGACAUUUGAAUUGGAUGAUCCAUCCGGGAACUCCUGGAUUGAAUACAAGCCAGGUGAGGCACAACACAAAUGGUCUCAUACAGAAUACAUGAGAACCGAUGAACAAAAUGUUCAAAUCGGUAUGUUGACCCAAGAUCAAUAUGAAGAACGUCGUAAAGCUCAGUUGGCUGCUGUGGCCGAUCAUGAUCGUAACCCUUCAGAGGCUCAAAAAGUUCAAUCUAAUUUCCUAUCGGAUGAAACUGAUAUUGAAAAUUAUGCCAAUGAAGUGCAAACUUUCAGAGCUUCUUGUCCUUCUUGUAUGCAAGAAUGUGAAACCCAUAUGAAGCCUGUUAACAUUCCUCAUUUUAAAGAGGUUAUUAUUAUGUCUACUUCUUGCGAACACUGUGGUUACAAGUCGAAUGAGGUCAAGACUGGUGGUGCUAUCCCUGAAAAGGGUAGAAAGAUCACAUUGUUAUGUGAUGAUCCAAGUGAUUUAUCUAGAGAUAUAUUGAAGUCUGAAUCAUGUUCUUUAGUCGUACCAGAAUUGAGUCUGGAUAUUCAAGAAGGUACAUUAGGUGGUCGUUUCACUACAAUUGAAGGUUUAUUGAGACAGGUCUACGAGGAACUUGAGUCUCGUGUUUUCUCUCAAACUUCUGACUCCAUGGAUCAAGUCACAAAGGACCGUUGGGUAGCAUUUUUCGCUAAAUUAAAGGAAGGUAUUGAAGGGAAAAUUAAGUUCACUGUCGAGAUGACAGACCCUUUAGCUGGUUCCUAUAUUCAAAACGUGUAUGCUCCUGAUCCAGAUCCAAACAUGAAGAUCGAGGAUUACGAGAGAACAGCUCAACAGAACGAGGAUCUUGGUUUGGCUGAAAUGAAGGUAUAA